GGGACGGGCAGUCGGGCAGGAACUGGCAGUGCACUGACAGUCGGACAUUUGCUUUGCCUCUGAUCACUGGGAGACUUGGCUGCGUGACUUGGAGAGAGGAGAACCAUGGGGGAGUCCUGGUUAUGGGGUCUGGAUGGGUGCACGGUGACCCUCACUCUUGUUGCAGGGUUCCUGGGUCUUCUCUACUGGUACUCUGUGUCUGCAUUCUGGCAGCUGGAGAAAGCUGGGAUAAAGCACCCGAAGCCUCUGCCGUUCAUUGGUAACAUCAUGCUCUUCCAAAAGGGAUUUUGGGAAGGGGACAGACAUCUCCUGAAAACAUAUGGUCCCAUUUGUGGAUAUUAUAUGGGACGGCGCCCAAUGAUUGUCAUCGCUGAACCAGAUGCCAUUAAACAGGUUCUGCAGAAAGACUUUGUUAACUUCACUAACCGGAUGAGACUGAACUUGGUGACCAAGCCGAUGAGUGACAGCCUGCUGUGCCUUAGGGACGACAAGUGGAAGCGCGUGCGCAGUGUGCUCACUCCCUCAUUCAGCGCUGCACGAAUGAAAGAGAUGUGCCCCCUAAUUAACCAGUGUUGCGAUGUCUUAGUGGAGAAUCUGAUGGAGUAUGCCAGUUCUGGAGAGGCAUGCAAUGUGCAAAGGUGCUAUGCCUGCUUUACUAUGGAUGUUGUGGCCAGCGUGGCAUUCGGCACUCAGGUGGAUUCUCAGAGAGACUCCGACCACCCCUUGGUGCAGAACUGCAAAAGAUUUCUUGAGUUAUUUACCCCUUUUAAACCUGUGGUCCUGCUAUGCUUGGCGUUUCCGUCUAUCAUGAUCCCCAUCGCCCGCCGGCUUCCCAAUAAACACCGUGACCGAAUAAACAGCUUCUUCCUCAAGGUCAUUAGGGACAUCAUCGCUUUCCGAGAGAAUCAGCCGCCUAACGAGAGACGCCGGGACUUCCUGCAGCUCAUGUUGGAUGCCCGUGACUCAGCCGGCCAUGUUUCAGUGGAUCACUUCGACAUAGUCAACCAAGCAGAUCUCUCCGUACCACAGAACCAGGACCGGGGUCAGGAUCCACCCAGGAAAUCCACCCAGAAAACACUGAACGAGGAGGAGAUCCUGGGCCAAGCCUUCAUCUUCCUCAUCGCUGGAUACGAGACCACUUGCAGCCUUCUGUCCUUCGCCUCCUACCUGUUGGCCACCCACCCAGACUGCCAGGAGAAGCUGCUCAAGGAGGUGGAUGAGUUUAGCCAAGAGCAUGAAGAAGCAGAUUACAAUACGGUGCAUGACCUGCCCUAUAUGGAGAUGGUGAUCAAUGAGACCCUGCGUAUGUACCCGCCGGCAUACAGGUUUGCCAGGGAAGCCGCCCGGGAUUGCACGGUGAUGGGACUGGGUAUCCCGGCUGGCGCCGUGGUGGAGAUUCCCAUAGGGUGCUUGCAGAAUGAUCCGCGGUUUUGGCACGAGCCAGAAAAAUUUAAUCCUGAGAGAUUUACGGCAGAAGAGAAGCAGAAGCGGCACCCAUUCCUGUUCCUCCCCUUUGGGGCCGGGCCCCGUAGCUGCAUCGGGAUGAGACUCGCCUUACUGGAAGCCAAGAUCACCCUGUACCGAGUCCUGAGGAAGUUCCGCUUUCAGACAUGUGACCUUACUCAGAUCCCGCUCCAGCUCAGCGCCAUGACAACACUGAGACCUAAGGACGGCGUGUAUGUGCGGGUGGUGGCCCGUUAGCCGGUACAGUUGGCCAGGAGUGCGACUAACAACUCAUGUCUAGGGCCAAACGAAGAAGCAGGAUCUGAGCCUUUUGGGGCUCCCCACGGGUUAUUGCCCCUUUGUCAGAUACAGAAUAUCCCACUGGGUGUAACAAUUAAGCAAAUAUCAUAGUACUUGCCCUUUAAAGGGUAAAAACUGCCAUAUCUGGAAUGCCCCGUCCCCUACAGGGAGGCAAAUGGAUUCUGAUGAGGUGAAACUUUUGCUGUACUAAGCACAAUUCAGCAGGAACAGCCCCCUAAGUUUGCCCAUAGCCUGUACAGAGAGAUACCAUAAAACUAUGGCACAUAGGGAUUCCCCUGUACUAAGCACAAUUCAGCAGGAACAGCCCCCUAAGUUUGCUCAUAGCCUGUACAGAGAGAUACCAUAAAACUAUGGCACAUAGGGAUUCCCCUGUACUAAGCACAAUUCAGCAGGAACAGCCCCCUAAGUUUGCUCAUAGCCUGUACAGAGAGAUACCAUAAAACUAUGGCACAUAGGGAUUCCCCUGUACUAAGCACAAUUCAGCAGGAACAGCCCCCUAAGUUUGCCCAUAGCCUGUACAGAGAGAUACCAUAAAACUAUGGCACAUAGGGAUUCCCCUGUACUAAGCACAAUUCAGCAGGAACAGCCCCCUAAGUUUGCUCAUAGCCUGUACAGAGAGAUACCAUAAAACUAUGGCACAUAGGGACCCCCUGUACUAAGCACAAUUCAGCAGGAACAGCCCCCUAAGUUUGCUCAUAGCCUGUACAGAGAGAUACCAUAAAACUAUGGCACAUAGGGAUUCCCCUGUACUAAGCACAAUUCAGCAGGAACAGCCCCCUAAGUUUGCCCAUAGCCUGUACAGAGAGAUACCAUAAAACUAUGGCACAUAGGGAUUCCCCUGUACUAAGCACAAUUCAGCAGGAACAGCCCCCUAAGUUUGCUCAUAGCCUGUACAGAGAGAUACCAUAAAACUUGGCACAUAGGGAUUCCCCUGUACUAAGCACAAUUCAGCAGGAACAGCCCCCUAAGUUUGCUCAUAGUCUGUACAGAGAGAUACCAUAAAACUAUGGCACAUAGGGAUUCCCCUGUACUAAGCACAAUUCAGCAGGAACAGCCCCCUAAGUUUGCUCAUAGCCUGUACAGAGAGAUACCAUAAAACUAUGGCACAUAGGGAUUCCCCUGUACUAAGCACAAUUCAGCAGGAACAGCCCCCUAAGUUUUUUUUUUCUAGUGCCUUUUCAAUGGUUAUGUGAAACUGUUUGUGUUACUAACAGUAAAUACAGAAAGCUCAGUUUGUACAUUAAUAAUGUUAUGUGAAUAAAAACCUCCAUUACAGUAA